AGCGAGACAGCAUAAGUUCACUGUCUCUCACUCGCACCCUGCUUGAUUGACUUUCUUCAUCUGGCUGAAAAAAGGGGCAAAUCAGUUCGUGAUCUGAAGGCGCUGCGUGCGAGUGAAAGUACUUAAUUUCGUGGUGCGGGUGAAAGUCGUCCACGUCGCGUCCCAAAAGUCCCGUCAGUCACAGAGAAAAUUCCGGGUGGGCAUUUAGAUUGAUCUGGGACGAGGGAAAUCAAUCAGAUCGCACGAAGCACAGAGAUUGGCAGCUCCAGAUAGUCACAAGACGUGCUUGAUAGCAGGUGGUGAGUGAGAGACAAUGACUUACCUACGGGGAUCCCUGGAGAAGGGUAAUUCAGUGCGUGGCGUGAAUCAGAAAGUUCCGGACGCGAAAAUGGAGAGCAAAGUCACGAAGGAAUCACUGCCGGAUGCCGCGGCGACGCCCCGAACGGUCUACGUGGUGUUCUUCUCGCUCCUGCUGGAUCUCCUGGCAUUCACCAUGAUCCUGCCACUCCUGCCAUCGUUGCUGGAGUACUACCGGCAGCACGACACCGAAGGACUCUACCACAGGCUGUCGGAGAGUAUUAAAUUCUUCCAGGUUGCCGUUGGGGCACCUGAGAGGUACAGUUCAGUGCUCUUUGGGGGCUUCCUUGGCUCAAUGUUCAGCUUCCUGCAAUUUGUGGCGAGUCCCAUCGUGGGGGCAUUGUCGGAUGUCUACGGCAGGAAGAGGAUCAUGAUAAUUUGCAUGAUUGGAAUCGCUCUCUCGUACCUUCUUUGGGCUGUUUCGAGUAAUUUUGCCAUCUUUGUGAUUGCUCGCUUUGUGGGAGGGCUGAGUAAAGGGAACAUCUCCCUGGCCAUGGCAAUCAUUACGGAUGUGUCCAACAGCAAGAGUCGUGGCAAAGGGAUGGCUCUCGUUGGCAUUGCCUUCUCACUGGGCUUCAUCGUUGGUCCCAUGAUUGGGGCUAUUUUCUCCAGAUACAGCGACAAGAGCACUCCAGACUGGUUUUGGGUUCCAGCUGCUUUUGCCAUGUGCCUGGCCCUUGCGGAUAUUCUCUUCCUCGCGAUUUGUCUCCAAGAAACUCUUCCGAAGAAAAAACGAGCAAAGAAGGUUCUAAUUUCCCUCUCAAGAGCCCUGGAGUAUAUUAAUCCUGCGUGUCUCUUCAAAUUCGACGCUGUGAAGAAUCUCUCGACGAAAGAUCUCGAAUCGCUGAAAAGAUUGGGCUUUAUCUACUUUAUCUAUUUAUUCAUCUAUUCCGGGCUGGAGUUCACCGUGACAUUCCUCAUGUACCACAAAUUCAGCUUCACGUCCAUCGAUCAGGCGAAAGUUUUCCUCACAACGGGCGUUGUGAUGGCCCUCCUGCAAGGCUCAGUUGUGCGUCGUCUUCCGGAGAGAUUGACGCAGAAAUCAGCCGUCCUGGGACUCUACCUCAUUGUCCCAUCCUUCAUUAUUGUUGGACUUGCUCAAACGUCUUCCAUGCUCUACUUGGGGAUGAUUGUCUUUGCAAUUUCUACGGCAUUUGUGGUAACGUGCAUGACAACGCUAACGUCCAAAUAUGGGAAUUUCGAUCAAAAGGGCACAGUUUUGGGUAUUUUUAGAUCUCUAGGAGCUCUAGCUAGAGCCCUAGGACCCAUCGUUGCAUCCAUGGCAUUUUGGAGCAUAGGAUCAACCAUCACGUACAUUGUUGGAGGUAUUCUCUUGCUAUAUCCAUCACUCUUACUCCAAUUUACAGUAUUGUUGUAGUAUUAGAAUCACAACACAUCAAAAAAAUUGUGAAAAAAAUACUCCCCCACCCUUGUAAAUGUUGAAAAAACGAUGAAUUUGUGUACACAUUUUGUGAAAUUAGUUUUUUAUUCAAAAAAUGCCUCUUUGAUAUAGACUCUUUAUAGCAAUAUUAACAUUAACAAGGUAUUUUUUUACAUACAAUUUUUUUAUCUAAUAAAUUAUAUACAAAA